CGUAACCGAACGAGUACAUUUGUAAACUGUUCUGAAAUAUCAAGUACAGACCUACAUGGCUACAUUUACCCCUGCAUGUUUAGCUUUGUUAAAAAUAAUGUUCCACACUAUCUCUCUCUACCGACUCUGAUUAGCUUAGCCUAGAGGCAGUUCAAACACUUCAGCAUUCUACUUUUAAUUAAUACUCGUAACAGUCUGACGGAAAUGGAUCCCUACUCUCCACCAAGCCAACUGUGGGACAUUCCCCGACCAUCCCAGAUGUACGGUCCUUUAACCCUAAACGGUAACUGGUUGGAGCGGAGAGCUCUGUCGGAGGAUUUGGAGAUGUUUGAAAGAGAGAUCACUCCGGCGAAGAGAGCUGCUGCCCGUCGAGCGAAAGCCUUCUCCGAUUCCAAGCGUGUCUUUGCAGAGACCGGACAUCGUGAUGAUGGAUUCUUAUAUAUAGAGGAUGCUAUUCAUUUUACAUGCUCCGGGAUGGUGCCGCCAUCCAGCAGAACAGGAACGGAAGAAAAGCCUGCUCUUGUCAUUGACAUGUCUGAGCAAUCUCAGAUGUCGGGAAUGGCAUACGCAUACGCCGGUGAGGAUGAUAGACCAAUGGCUAGGAGCGUUUUUGUUAUUAAAAGCGCAGAUAACCGGAAUUAUCCGCCACAAACCCAACGUGUACGUUAUGGACAAGCCAUAUUUUUGACAAGUUUGAUGAACUGGCACGGAAUGGAGUGGAAACUGACAAGCGGUCCGGAAUGCACGUACGAUGUUAAUCUCGAGCACCGGAAGCCGACUGUGUGGCUACAUCCUUUCCCUACCAGGAACUCCUUAUGGAAGCUACAGUGUAUCAACCGAGAGCUGCAUCCGAUUAUGGAAAAUGAAUUUGUCGAUUCCCGCCAGCCUAUCGUUUUGAUACAUGUUCUGACCGGAAGAUGCUUGACAGUGCAUUUUAAGAAGCGUUUCAAAACUCCUUAUGGAAACGAAUACUUGAUGGUAUGCGAUACUGAUUUUGGUCGUGGGCGACCGGAAACAAACAGUGCACGGUUUAAACUGCGUAUAAUUUCUGUUCCUCCUUGGAAAGAUGAUACUGAUACAGAGCAGAAAUUUCGCAGAGAUUUGGAAAACCAAAUCGGUGAAAUAAGCAAAACAGAACCCGUGCAGGCAAAUCGAAAUUUAGUUGGGUUCAAUGUGGACAAGGAGCCAACUGCGCAGGGAUCCUUUCCCGAAGGAUGGUAUAACCAUCAGUUACACUGUAUUGAUGAAAAACCCAGUCCGAAACAUUUUGAAAACGUGGAAAGGUUGUGAUCACUCAUACAGCUCUGUAAGAUAACUGGUCGAACAAUAAUGUGAGCCAGCUACAUACACCAGCACAUUUGCCGGCAUUUUUUUCCCGGCUUCUCACAGUUUGUUGUUUUUUUAUAAUUGUAUUUUCCAAUGAUAUAGGUAUUUUUGCCAGAGCUAUUUUAUUAUCUUCGUUCUGCGCAUCAUCGACUUACACUUGACUAGUACAGCAACUGUCAACAACGAUACCCUGAAUUUGAGCAAUAACGCAUUACUGCUGACAAUGAGAAAAUCAUUGCUGACAAUGAGAACCAGUAAAAAUUGUGCGCAACUAUGCACUACCGCCUCUGUUGGCUCGAAUCUUUGUUCGAUAAUAGUUUGAACCAAGCAGGCAUAUUGUU